AUGGAGAGCGCCGGCAACAGCUCGGAAGCGGACCCCCGGGGCCAGCUGCCCCUGUUCCCCAACGGCAGCUUCUGCCGGAACUUCACCGACAACGCCACCUUCGCCGAGGCGCGAUGCAGCCACGACCGCGGGCUGACCGGCAGCCUGGACGACGACGCCAACCCGGUCAUCAUAGCCAUCGUCAUCACCGCCCUCUACUCCAUCGUGUGCCUGGUGGGGAUGGUGGGAAACGUGCUGAUCAUGUACAUCAUCGUCAGGUACACGAAGAUGAAGACGGCCACCAACAUCUACAUCUUCAACCUCGCACUGGCGGACGCCUUGGUGACCAGCACGCUUCCCUUCCAGAGCGUCAACUACCUGAUGGGCACCUGGCCGUUUGGCGACAUGCUGUGCAAGAUGGUGAUGUCCAUCGACUACUACAACAUGUUCACCUCCAUCUUCACGCUCACCACCAUGAGCAUCGACCGCUACAUCGCUGUCUGCCACCCCGUCAAAGCGCUGGACUUCAGGACGCCGCGCAACGCCAAAAUCGUCAAUAUCUGCAACUGGAUUCUCUCCUCAGCUAUCGGCCUGCCCGUCAUGUUCAUGGCCACCACCAUCGUCACCGAUUCCAAUGUUGUCGACUGCAGGCUGAUUUUCCCUCACCCCUCCUGGUAUUGGGAGACCCUGCUGAAGAUUUGCGUGUUCAUCUUCGCCUUCAUCAUGCCCGUCCUCAUCAUCACCAUCUGCUACGGCCUCAUGAUCCUGCGGCUCAAAAGUGUGCGAAUGCUGUCUGGCUCCCAGGAGAAAGACAGGAACCUGCGUCGAAUCACCCGCAUGGUGCUGGUGGUGGUGGCCGUCUUCAUCAUCUGCUGGACUCCCAUUCACGUCUUUGUCAUCAUCACAGCUCUGAUCAGCAUCCCAAACUCCACGCUGCAGAGCAUCACCUGGCACUUCUGCAUUGCUCUGGGCUACACGAACAGUAGUCUGAACCCUGUUCUUUAUGGAUACCUGGAUGAGAACUUUAAGCGUUGUUUUCGUGAGUUCUGCACCCCGAGUCCUUCCGUGUUGGAGAUGCAGAACUCCUCCAGAACCGGGGCCACCAGCCGCAAGCUCCCACGGUGUGAAAACAACAGCCCAAACACCGGCGAGAGGUCCAACCAUCAGGUGGUAUGACUAGCCUUGGAGGGGUCGUCGGUGGACUCGCGCUGUUGCGGUGGCGCUGCCAACGAUGAUCUCAACUCCGAAGUCACGCAAGUCACCACAGGACUUUGACACACACACACACGUGUACACACACACACACACAAAAGCAAACGGGCACACAGCAAUUCCCAAACGUAGCAGAAACAACACAGACCACUUCAUGAUGCAUCGGCUGCAGGGCUGUUCAGAGGCUAAAUUUGUUCAUGCAGAUACAAAUAUGAGAUAGCUCAAAUUAAACAGAAAAUCAAGCAUCAUUAGAACGGCCAUGGGCUGUUGCACUAAAUUCUAACAAACAGUUUAAUGUGACUUUUGUUGACAUUGAUAUUAGUAAAAUACACACUAUAUGUAGAAAUAGGGUGAAACGAGGACACAGAUGCGUUAACGGAUCUAUAAAAACUAUUACAAGUCAUUUAUAUGAUGUUGUCCCAUUAAUUCUGCCUCAUUGAUGUGGUCAUCCAGUCCUAACGCUCGGCUCGCCACUAAUUCUUUGGGCUGUAAAGAGAGAUCAAUUAAUUGUCUUUGUUCACCUCCCGUCACGACACAUCAAUCACUUCUGCUGCGGAAGUCAUCUCUGGGAAUGAUCUGUACCCGUGGGAGGUUUGUGGAUUUACGGGGGUACCUGCUCAAAGAGUUAGGCGGCUCUCCGCCCACGUGAGAAUUGUCACUGGACAAGAGGUGGACUUCAAAGUCAUGCACGCCAACUGUGCUCGUCCAUGUGCGGAGGAGAGGCUUGGGCAGGGGGGUGACAGUCCCAGUUUACUGCUGUUCUGCUCAGCCCCACGCCGGCCUGUCAACACUUGGAGGACUAAUAAAAACCUGUUGCUGUAAAACUGCGCUUUUCCAUCGCCAUUUCUCACAUAAGACUGCCACACAGAUUAUGUAAAGCCUGGGGGAGAAUUGUGUGUUUUUUCUCACUUCGCAAAAAGCUGACAGACUUCUGAAUGUACAAACUGGAAACCACUGUACAUCCUGUUACCAAACUGUGGACGGUACAAAGCAGUUAAGAAAAUAAUAAUAAGCGUGUUUGUACAGCUCACAGUGCAUGCUGUUAUGGAUAAAAUACUCCAUGUAUGGUUGACUACACCUUAGCAGCCAUCACGCCAGAAACUGACUGAAAUGGAGCCUCAUCUCCUCUGAGAACUUUAUGAGUGAGCGAGGGUGGAUUUUACAUCUGGAUUCAUCUUUAACAUGACUGUGUUCUGUAUAAUGUCCAAGAUGCCUUUUUGGGUAGCUCUGUGCGAUAUUCUGUGAAUAAUUCAUUUUGAAAAAGUCCUAUCAACACAAGCAGGAGUGUAUUGGUGUAAUCACUGUGUUGUUGUUUUUUAAUCUCAUAAAGACCAUUGUUCUUGUUUAUACAGAUAUAAUCUCUCUCUGUCUUGUUGAAAAAUUAGAGAUCACUGUGUGUAAAACUUAGAUUGUGCAUUUGAUAUAUACAGAAUAGAACUUAUUUAUUUCAAGGAAAGUAUUUCGUUGUUGCCACAUAGUGGACACAGUCAGUUGUAGAUUAAAAAAGACUCUUUUCAGUCCUCAUAAAAAGCAUGAAAGCAGACACUGUAGUUUUUUAUGGUGAGCUGUCACAUGCUCUAUGUAAUUUAUACUAGAACAUGUACAGUAUGUGAUAUUUUACACCGCAUGUGAUGAUAACAUUUGACUGUUGAGGAGCCAAGUGGGUCCUUCUUUCAUGUAAACAGCCAUAAGAAAAGACCAUUAUAGUUGUAGAAAACAGCGUCACCUCACAACAGAAAGACCUCAUCAGAAAAACUGAUAAAGGAAAGAGAAAACUCUUAAAAAAGGGAUGUUUCAAACUUAACCAAUUGUUCAUGAAUACUGUGUAACAGAGCAUACAAAUGUUCCUCUUUUAUUUUCUUGUGAGUCAUGGUUUAAUUAUAUUCAGGUUAAGGAAACGACGCGCCAACAAUAACGAGUAACGAGUUUAAUCAGAUUGUAAAUCGUCCAUCAGAUGAAUGCUUAAUGACACAUUUCUCAAUUCCUCUGUGUUUGUAGAGGCUCAGAACUUUUGCUCAUGUCGGAAAUUGUUAUCUUUUUCUGUUUGUGUACUAGAUUUAAUGAAAAGAUUUCAAACCUGGAGCGUUUUAACCUCUCGGAUCAGUCAUAGUUAACAGCAAAGUGAAGAGACAAGAAAGAGAAAAGCAAGCUGUUAUCCAGCAUUCAAAGUGGUAAUGAGUCAGAAUUUUGAUGAACUAAAUAAAAAUAAACAAAAAUAGCAAUUUUUUUCUGUAUACCUCCUUAAAUCCAUUUUUAUUGACAGCCUUGAAUACGUGCUGAAGUGCUGGGAGAUUUUAAUGCAUUUUCUCUCUUUUUCUAAAUAUGCAUUUUCAGCAUUCACAAAUGGUAAGCAAAAGGGUGCUGUGGUGAAACUGUUUCCUUGCUCCCAGCCAAAGUUAUAAUGAUUGUGCUUUAAAAAAUUGAACAAAAAUGUGCACGAUACAGAGGUAAAGUGCCCAGUAUCAUAUUGCUGUUUGUACCUGUUUCUCAGACUGAUAUAUUUCUCCCCUUAUUAUAUUCCAAGGAAAAUGUAUUGCCCAAAAAAAGCUAUAUGUAGCUUUAUUCGACAGUAAAAGAGAAAAAAAACAAUAUUCACAAAGGUAAGAAACACCACAUCUGCCUUUCACUUUGUAAGUCUGAAGAAGCGUGCAGAUGAUCCAGGGUCUGUCCCAGCUGUCACUAGACGAGAGGCGGGCUACUUUCUGAGACUGUAUUUUGAGAAAACAGUCUCAGAAAAAUACAAACCAGCGAUGCAUUACCAAGAAAUAACUGGGUGAUCUUAGAAAUAAAGAUGAAAUGUCUAGAUACACAGUGUAGUGUAACCUGACAUGUACACACCAUGCAUCUCAAAUGAAAAGCUUUGUUUUUUUCCAUAUAGCGGUAAGGACAAAGCACAUUGUUUCAAAAGUCUCUGCAAUUCACUACACAAAAGCAGAACCACAGGAAGCUUCACACAUGGACCAAAGAAAGGGGAUGAUGGAGAUUACGAUGCUCUUACUGUAAUUGUGUUGCAUUUCAAAUGAUUGACCUUAAGAUGGAGAACACUGUCACAAUUUCUGAGGCACAAAGCGAAGUUUUGGGCAUCUAUGAGAAAUAUACGCUUUGCGAUUCCUUUGUGCUCGAGAAAUAACGUAAUCAAAAUUAUGCUGUUUUCCAGUCCGGUCGUAUAAUGUACAGACUUCAAUUUCUCAGUUAUGGAUGAUGCCAAUGGAGCCAGUGCACUAUCAAUGUAAUAAAGUGUAAUUGAAUCUC